CCUCGUCGUUUCUCGAUCUCCGUCCAUGUCAUGAUGAUUGCCCUACCGCCUUCAGUGUGGAUUGUUGGUUUUACCAAGUUAGCUCUUCCAGUAGCACGGUCUGACUUUGUGUGCCGAGUGCCACUCUACAUGAAUUUUGGAAUUAUUCGCGUGCGACUUCGCAGGACAAGAACCAUGGUACUCAAUGAGGAACAGUUGAGCCUGGCUCAAGACGCUCACUCAAUUCUCGCAAAGUUUACCGUGUCUGUAAACGAGGCGGAGAAUUUGGACCUCAACUACGACCUCAGUGGAAAGUCGAAUGUGUCUUUUUACAGCACACCUUCGACGGUUUUUUCUGAGUUGAGUGCAAACUCUGCUGGAAACUCGCCCUCUGCAAGUAGAUUCAAACCUACCGACCCCUUCUCUGAGUUGCAAAUUAAUCCUAAAAAUGCCCGCUUCUGUUGCCUCUUUCUCAUUAUCAAGCAACCCGAAAUGAGUUUCGAUGAAGCCGCCUCCAAAGACUUAGUUACUUGGGCCAAGGAGCGCGACUACUAUCUACAACGUGCGGCGUCAACAUCUGGAGAAGGCAACAGUCUCCUUACCGACCCGCCUCCUCCUCCUCCUUCCUCUCGUAACGAGCCCCUUAGUCUUCAAAGUGGCAUCUGCCCUCGUUAUGGCCUUGAUCUUUCCUCCCUUCCCACAGAGGAAUGGAGAGGGCGUCUUGUUCGUCCCAUUACCCUGCCUUCCAAAGAUCCGGGGGGUUACACUGUGUCAGGUCCCAAUAAAACGGGUCUCUGUGGCUCCAGUCGCGUCCAUCCGGAAAUGCUGAAAAAUCUGCCCGAGGAAAUGCAAAAUCGUGGACGCACUUCUUUCUUUGAUUAUUACCUCUUCAAGCAUGGACGUUUGGUGAAUUUGGUGCAGAAAACUCGUGGAUUGGAUCCUUCAUUGCCUUUGGCUACCGUUACGAGGAUAUCCAGGCACCAGAAUGCCGCUAAUGUGGCGGCAGGAGCCUGUGCAACGAAAAAGGAUGAAAUUAAGUUUGUCGAAGAUCGCUUGCCUCAACUUUGUGUUGUUCAUCCCCUCAACACCUGGCUAUGGAUAACAGUUUGCCUAACGCCAAUAGUGCUCCAUCAAGUCUACAGAUGCCUGUCAACAAUGGAGUUUUCCAAUCGUCUGCGCGAGUUGAUCUACACCUGUGGUGGUGGUGGUGAUGGUGGUGGUGGCGUUAAUGCAUGGUCCUCCUCAAACCCGGAAAUUCUCUUUCCUGAAGGCAAUUUUCUUAUGCCCGAUCGGGAAUCGGUUUCACCAUGUAAUACGCCCCUCUUCAGUAACUGCAUCGUCAAAGUGGAAGGUUGUGGGGAUAACUCGCCUUCUGGUUGGAGAUUCAAGGAACCCUGUCCGGUAUUCACUUGUGAGGAGGAAGAAGAUUUAGACCGCCAGGUUUCAAAGAUAUCUCAGCCGAAGAAAGAUGAUAUGGAAGUGCCGUCAUUAGCCAGUCUUCAGGAAGCCUUCACCUCGGUCAAUGCUAAUGAGGCAGUUAACUUGGAAAGAUUAGAGCUGCUAGGUGACUCCUUCCUGAAAUUCGUUUCGAGUCUGUACAUUUUCGCAACAUCGCCGCCCACCACAGACGAGGGCCAGUUGACCUAUGCCCGAGUGGCACACAUUUCAAACUCCAAUCUUCACCGAAUCGCCGUUAGUCAUGGUCUCUUCCGAUAUCUCGCCUCUAGCGCCUUUAAACCGGGUGUUAUGUACAUCCCACCUUACUAUUCGUUUGUGGAUGAGCAAUAUGCUCGCGAGACUCAUGACCUACGUCAGUUUGUGAAAAUCUAUGACAAAACCAUUGCCGAUUCAAUGGAGUCUCUUUUGGGAGUUUGUUUAUUGACUAUGGCCCCGCCAAGAGUUGCCCUUCUCUUGCGAUUAUACUGCCUCUCAAAUGAACCCGAUCCCCUGUCUCAAUUGAAAUCCUCUAGUCGUCUCCAGUUGGGAGAUAAAUAUCCUUCUUGGGUGCCCCUUAUUCUGGAAUCCUCUUACCGAGCCAUCGAUCCGGAAUUUGCUAGAGAUGAUUGGGCGUCAAUGUCAAAACGUCAAGCAGAAGUUGAUCGUAUCCUAUUGUCAAAUAACCCGAAAACGAAAGCGGAAGCUGCUGCUGCUGCUGCCGCCGCCGUUGCCGACGAAACGUCUUCAUCAAACUUGAACUUGGAUGCACAUGAUGGGCUUAAGAGAGAAGCGGUGGGCGGUGAUGAUUUCCACACAACUCUUGAAAAUCAGCGGCUCUCACUUGCUCCGCUGGAAGAAAUAAUAGGCUAUAGGUUCCGUCGGAUUAGGAUACUUCUGCAAGCUAUUACUCAUCCCUCCUCUGAGAUGGCAUUCAAGUGGGGUUGCUACCAGAGAUUGGAGUUUCUAGGAGAUGCAAUCUUGGACUUUAUUGUGACCCAACGCAUCUUCACUGAAAAUCCCCAUAUGGAUCCGGGUGAAUUGACGGAUUUAAAAAUUGCUCUCGUGUCGAACGUUAACUUGGCUAUUGUUUGCAUUCGGAAGGAGAUCUACAAGUUCCUAGGUCACAUGGAUAACAACUUGUGGACAUUCAUAAAUAACUUUAAGAAUGCUGUGUCGCAGAAUUUUGGCAAUAUUUGGCAGCUGGAGCACGAAUGCAAUCAACGCAAUGAGUCACUCUCGUACAAAGUCCUAGGUGAUAUGGUGGAGGCCAUAAUCGGCGCCGUCUACGUGGAUUGUGGUGGAAAUACUAGUAUCGUGACUGGUGUCAUUUACAACCUCCUGGAGGAUAAUAUUAGAGAAUACAGUAAGAGCCCUCCAAUGGAUCCCGUGCGUCUGUUGCACGAAACGUACCCAGAUCUUGAAAUUAAGAAAGUUGAAGGUGGUCCGAGUCCCCAGGACUCACCUUCGGAUAGUGAUGGCCGACAAAUGCCUACUUGGUUAAAUAACCAGAACGGUAGUUUUCAAACCCGCCUCAAGAUCACUGCCAAAUGUGGUGAUCGUAUUCUAACCGGUGAAGGAUUCAAUAUUCGCACUGCGAAACUCGAGAUUGCUCAGCAAUUAGGUAUCAUUAAAUGCUGA